AACAGUGUUACAAGGUGGACAUAUAGACAAUUCGUGGUGCUGAUACAAAUGCAAUGGAGGAUUAUAAAUUUUUGUUUAAAGUCGUUCUUGUCGGCAAUGCCGGCGUUGGAAAGACGUGUCUCGUUCGUAGAUUUACACAGGGUUUAUUUCCUCCGGGACAGGGAGCUACGAUAGGAGUAGAUUUUAUGAUCAAAACUGUGGAGGUCGAGAAUGAAAAAGUGAAGCUGCAAAUAUGGGACACUGCGGGCCAGGAAAGAUUUCGAUCGAUCACCCACAGUUACUACAGAUCAGCUCAUGCAUUAAUCCUCGUGUACGAUAUUUCUUGUCAACCAACAUUUGAUUGUUUACCGGAUUGGUUGAGAGAAAUUGAAGAGUACGCUAAUAACAAAGUUUUAAGGAUAUUGGUUGGAAAUAAAAUUGAUAGAGAGGACAGAGAAAUUCCGACUCACGUUGGAGAGGAUUUUGCUCAACGACAUGGAAUGUAUUUCCUUGAAACUUCAGCAAAAGAAGCUGAAAACGUUGAGAGAUUGUUUCUGGAGAUUGCUGCGGAAUUAAUGGAGCAAGCACGAAGCAAGGAAUUACCUCGAUACGAGACAAACGCAACGUCAAUAAAUGGAAAGACAACGUCAAUUGGAGACAGCGGUACCUGCAGCUGCAGUCGAUUUUCCUAAGGACCUCUAAUUAAAAAAUUAUAAAAGUUAAACAAACAAUGCGACUAACGGUGCAAUGGAAGUUCUGCAAAAACACCUGGUGGCCUGAAGAAGUUUUUGUCCUCACGAAAAACCAACUGGUAAUUCUUUCGUUAGCCACAACAGCAUUAUACGACUCGUUUUCAUAGUCCAGAUGUGCUGAAGUGUGAUAAAUAGUGUCGUAGGGUUACCUAUUCGAUUCACGUGGUAUUCAAUGCCUCAUUCCCGUGGGUUUCAACCUCCCGAGGGUGACUGAUUCUAUGUAUUUAUAUUUAUUUAUUAAUCAUCGAGUCAAAAGAAUUGACGAAAGUCCAAUCGAAAUCGUCGUAGAUUGGAAUGAUUUUUUUUUCAUCGCGUAUUUGCAUUGCAACAAGUCUAGCCUCGUUUGCUUUUUAUGUACAAACGUAACUACUAAAUAUUCAGCAGUAAAUUUUUAUAUUUUCUUGUAUUUUUUAUCUAUCUCGCUAGGAGUAGGAAUUAACGACAAGGUUUUUCAAUCAUUUCGCUUAAUUACGGUCGAGAGAUGCAUUAAUUCUAAGGUUGUUGUCGUGUACGAUAUUUGCUCGGUAGUUUUUGUUUAAAUUUUUGUCGUAAAUAUUUGGAACAAGAGCUGCAAAAUGAUCACUUUCUGUUUGAGAUCGUUGCGAACUUGAGAUAGAAAUUUUUGCAAAAUUUUGGUAACUUCGCGUGUUUAAAUGGAGUGUAAGAGAUUAAAUUAUUAAAAAAACAUUUAAUUUAUGUAAUUAAAAUCAGUUAUAAUAGAAGGUAUAUCACGUGAGGAUAUUAUACUGUCAAAAGAUUGGCACAAGACUGUCAGACGACAACAACCUUAAGGGAUUUUAUUAUUUACCGUUGUUUAAUUUUUUUAGGAUACUUUAACUGCCGGAUGUCAACUAAAUUUUGUUACGUUUGAUGAAUAAUUUUAUCAGUGUUUUAGCAUUAUUUGGUGUCUCGUAAUUGAUUUUGUAUGGAAGUCGUAAAACGUAAUGAGCCCCCCCGAUUAUAUCAAAGAAGAGUAAUUCCAAAAGGAAAUAUUAAACAAUUGUUUUUUACAGGAACAGCCAUAAUUAUUAAUCAGAACUAUCGUUAAAUUUUUAACUGAUAAAUAAUUCAUAUGACUCUUAUGCAAUUAUCAAUAUUGUUAUUAUCAUUAACAAGUUUGUAGAUAUUUGCAAUAAGACGUUUUACAACUUCAAUGCAAAAUUGAGAGGGCUUCUGUAUACAUGAUGUUAUAAAAUUGAAAAUGAUUUAUUGCAUUUACGUUUCUAAUUACAAACAGCUGAGAAAAUUAAUUAUUAGCCAGUUUAACAAUUGAAUUGAUUAAUUUAACUAGAGUAUAUUACAAGUUUUAUAUUAUUCGAGGUGAAAGAAAAUCAAGGUUAAUAAUUUUUUUUCUUUUACGAAACAACUGCAAUUACCAAAUGUUGAGUCUUUAUUAGCCACUUCUAGUCGUCGUAAUUUGUUCAAAAAUGUUAUUAAAAAUUUAGUACUGAGAUGAAUGUGUAUCACAGCUGGUGCUGCUUAACACAAUUUACAUGUUCAUUGUUUAAGGGACAAAGGUAUUAAUUUUCAUGUUAGGGAUUCAAUUAAAAUAUGGAUCAUGAGAUUUUUGGUGAAAUGAGUUAACAAUUUUAUUUCGUUUUUAAUUCGUAAUGUUUUUGUAGUUAUUUAAGGAACUUUUGCAGUAAAACUAAACAUUAUGGGAGUGGGAAUUAAGAUUGUUCACUCGAACCUCAGUUUUUUUCUUUUAUUAUUCAAUUUUUUUUCCACAAAUCUGUGUGGACAGGGGAGUUGGGACUUUCGAAAAAAUUUUCAAAAUUACUCGAAGAAUAUUGUCGAAAAAUCAACUCCAUGUACCAUUUACUUGUACUCCCUAUGUACUUUUUGCAGAAGUUCCUUCAUGUUACAAAACAAAAAUUAAUUCCAUUUAUAUCGCAUCAUAUUUCAUGGAAUGGUAUUUCACACUCAUUUCACCCAAAAUCUCAUUAUUCAUAUUUAAUUAAGUAAAGAGAUAUUCACGCGCUUCGCAUUGUUUACCAAUUGUGUGAUCAUUUGGAAUAGAUAAAUAAUUUAUCCAUUCUACCCUAAAAAUGUUCUUCGUAGACUGCAUUCAUGCGAGAAUAUUCUAAUUUGAUUGAACAGAUAUUAUUUAGAAUUUAUUUGGGGCAUUACAUGCCAACUCGAUCAGCCCAUGAUCUCGACUUCUCCGACUUGAUCCACCAUUUUUUAUUAUAAUUAUAAUUUAUUAAAAAAUCGGGCAGCAAAUUGGAGAGGUCAAGAUGGCGGAAUUGAUCGUUUGUAAGUGAUAAACUAGACGAGAAUUGUGGAAAUCCGCGGGAUAGUCACGUUGGUUCGUAGUCAAUAAUUAAAUAAACAAAUUAGGAUACAUUCGAAACAUUUAAUCAUGUCACUGUGCUUUUAUUAGUCAUUUUCACGCAACACUAAAAUUCACUGUAAUUUCGAUGAGUUCUUGGGAUCAGGACGUUGCUACAGAGAGCUAAUUUGUUUAAUUACCCUAUUACAGACCCCUAUUAUUUAUCGAACAUAUAAUGAUGUUUGACACAUGACUUCAGGUGAAAAAAUCAUAAAAUCUCUGUUGCUAUAAAAAAGUCUCUCAAUAUUUUCUGUCCAAAUAUUUAGAAGUGAAAUUAUUUAUCAAUCGUUCGUAAUGAAUUUAUUCUUCUGACGAUAUUAUUGCAAAAUAUUCUGAGAAAGAUGUUUUGAUAUUAAAAAAAAUAUUAUUUCGUUGUCAAUUAAAUCCUGAGGUUGAUCCUGAUCCCUGAAGAAUAUGAAUAAAUGAACAAUCAGUGAAUAAACCAAAAACAUAUCAAUUCAUCGAAUUGUAAUUUUCGAAAAAGUCGUCGUUUUUUACUGUAAAAUCCUAAGAAAUUUUUACGAAAAACAGGAGGGAAAAAAUUACUCAACCACGUGACAUUGAUUUUCGGAAAAUUAAUUUAAUUGUUUAAUAUAAGGUGAUGUUCAAUGAGAUGAGAAAAAUAUUUAAAGACUUUGAUAGAGUCAUAAUGAAUAUGUAAACGUUCAGAAUGUACUCACUCACUCAUUACACUGCGUUACAACUGAUUAUUAGUUCAUUUCGGCAAUCAUUACCAUGCGGUAAGGCGCGUGCUACGAACCAGGGAACUUAACUAUUAUUAUUAAUUACCAUGAUCAUUACUAGAAUACGUUGUAUGCACUUAAUACAUCACUCAGCAUGAGAAAAAGAACAGAACCAAAAGUUGAGUUUUAAAUCAAUUCCGUGGGAAUAAAGUAUUGGAAUUAAAAAAAAAUGUGGAACAAAAUUGUUCUCGGUGGAGGCUGGAUAUGUUACGUUUAGCAUUUUCAUGUGAAAUAAUAAUGCAAAUAUUAACUGAAAAAUGUGUAUAAUUGAUUAGUUGAAUUUAGGAACGUAAAAUUGGUGAAUGAAUUUAGCAUAAUUUUUUUUUACCAAUAAAUUUGAUUUUUUCUUUAUUAUCAUUUUCGUUCCUCAUUUACGCCUAGUCAUCUGGAACAUCUCUGAAGAUUCCUCAUUCUCUGGAGUCUGAAAACAAAAAUACCCACUGAUAUUUGCAAAAUUUAUCUACAAACCUAUGUAACAGGAGAAACAAGUGAAUUUAUGAGAAAAUUAUAUGUG